AUGCUGGGCGUGACCAGCCUUCUCAACGAGACGAGCAGCUACUCUGUAGCUCCAUGCGUUCAGAAGCUCGUGGCUGACGGUGCCAUGAAGGUUUUCAAUGAGAGCGACGGUCUUUUCCCUGGUGCGGUUUUCACCGGAAUGAACACCCUGAAGCCAUUCCCCAAGAACUAUGUCUCGCUGGACACGUCGACCGACCCUGGGCCUCUCAAGCGCGCGGAAUGGAUCAAGUACAUGGCUCUGUGGUUCAAUGCUGAGUCGCGCGCGUCGCAAGUCUACUCUGACAUUGAGACGUCGUACAACUGCUUGAAGGCAUCUGCCCCUAAAACCACCACGCCAGUGGUUGGCUGGCUGAGCUAUUUUAUGGAUUCGUGGACCGUCUCUGGUGCUACGUACAAGCUUCAGUACGUUGCGGACGCUGGUGGUGUGAGCCCCGCCAAGGCGUUUCUGAGGACGUACAACAUGUCUCUUCCAUCUGAUAAGAAGGCUUUCCAGACACUGCUUGCGACUCUUGACAUCGUCAUUGACGAGACCUACCUGUUGACUGGCCCGUCAGACUACAGCAUUGAUGUCUUUGCAAAGAAUGCUGGCAUUUCUGUGACUGACACUGCCACCUACAAAUUCCUGGCCACUCCCAAUGUCUGGAGCAUGUAUGGCCGCGCCACUGGAGCUCCCAACUAUGCCACUGACUGGUAUGAGAGCGCCAUUGCUCAGCCCCAGGUGGUCCUUGCCGAUCUGAUCUCCAUCAUGCAUCCUGGCGAUGUGCCUGCUCCCAAAAAGUAUUUUUUCAACAAUAUUGCUCAGUUGGAGACGGGUGCGGUGGUCUCUGCAGCCAACUGCACAACCCUGGACCCCACGGAGGUGGUUAACCCCAUCAUCCCUGCCUGCUCAGCCACCAUUACUCCUGAGGUUCCAGGAACGGCAACUGCUCCUGCUACCCCUCCCAGCUCAUCCCCUCCUAGCUCACCCCCUCCUAGCCCCACUCCCAGCUCGCCCCCACCUGCCCCCAAGGCUGCUGCAUCCUCUGGCUCCCUGCUUGGCGCUGGACUAGCUGCCCUUCUUGCUGCUACCAUUGCUGCACUGGCCUAA